UCUCUCUCUCACACACACACACACACACACACACACAAACAAUUGGAAAAGGUCUCUCUUUCUGAGUCCCUCCAUGGCUUUUGCUCACUACUCACUAGCUAUCCCCUUUGAAACCUCAAACCCUCACAAAACUUCAAUUCUUACUUUUUCUUCCACUUCCUCCUCUUCUGCUUCUCUACUUCCCAUACCUUUCUCUUCUCUCAAAUCCGCAGCUCGCAAGCUCUCUCUCUUUCCCCAUCUCCGAAGCAUUGGCCACAAAGCUAAGGCUAAGCCACAAGAAUCAGAAGUCAGUUUAGCUGCAGAUGCCUUUACUCAUUUCAAGCAUCUGCUUCUACCAAUCACAGACCGGAAUCCUUACCUCUCUGAGGGAACGAGACAGGCUGCAACUACUACUACUGCUUUGGCGAAGAAGUAUGGGGCAGACAUUACGGUCGUGGUUAUUGAUGAAAAGCUGAAAGAAUCAUUGCCAGAGCAUGACACCCAACUCUCCAGCGUACGCUGGCAUCUGUCUGAAGGUGGGUUCCAGGAAUUCAAGUUGCUAGAGCGACUCGGGGAAGGGAAGAAGCCAACAGCCAUCAUUGGUGAGGUUGCUGAUGAUCUGAAUUUGGAUUUGGUAGUUAUGAGCAUGGAAGCCAUCCAUUCCAAGCAUGUUGAUGCUAACCUUUUGGCCGAAUUCAUCCCUUGCCCUGUCUUGCUUUUGCCGCUGUAGAGAGUAUUGUUCUAUCAAAAGCCAUGCAGUGACUCAACCUAAUGCUUACAUGCAAGUUUUUGUUUUCUUGCCAUGCUUAGUUGUGGGUGGCAUAUAUAACUAUAUCAAGAAUUUGAGAUAAUUGCAAAGCAAGGUUAUGUUGAUGACUCAAUGUAGAAAUGAUCGAGAUCAUCCAA